AUGGAAUCCCGGACCUUGAAGAAGGAAGAGCUAGAGCUCGUGGUUUCUAACUCUACUGCCAAAGAAGCGGACACUGUGUCGGGAGAAUCUCUCAGAAUCGAUCCGUCCAUCGAGAGAUCCGUCCUUCGAAAGUUGGACUUCAAACUUCUUCCCGUCCUUUCGUUGAUGUACUUCUUCAACUCCCUUGAUCGGAGUAAUCUGGGGAACGCGAAGACUGAUGGCAUUGACGAAGACCUCAAGCUGGUUGGCAACCAAUACAGUAUUAUCCUUGCCGUUUUCAAUGUUACUUUCUCUCUGUUUGAUCUUCCCUCCAACCUGCUGCUGAAGCGAUUCAGCGGUAAAACCAUGCUUCCUAUAAUGAUGCUCGGCUGGGGCAGUGUUACGCUUCUGCAAUGCGCGGCGUUCAACUUUGCUGGCAUGCUCGUGUGUCGACUCUUCAUGGGCAUUUUCGAAGCGGGCUUUUUCGCUGGGGUGAUCUUCUACCUGACACAGUUUUACAAACGAAAUGAAAUUGCAUUCCGACUCUCGAUAUUUUACGGCAUGGUUACGAUCGCAGGUAGGCUUUACAUUAGCAACGCAAAACAGUACAACAUUCCAACUAACGGCCAUUUCCUUCCAUGGACGAUAGGUGCAUUCUCUGGCCUGAUCGCCUUUGGUGUCUUCCAGAUCGAACAGCAUCUCCCCGGCUGGAAGUACCUCUUCCUGAUCGAAGGCGGUGCGACUAUGAUCAUCGCCACCUUUGCUGCCUGGUGGCUCCCCCUCAGCGGCUCCAAGUGCCACUGGUUCAACGAAGCCGAAUCCCAAGUGGCACAGAUGCGUUUGCUACAAGACGGGUCCGUCCGAACGACAGAUAGCCUUUCCAUCACUGAAGCUCUGGCUGCCCUGUUAGACUGGCGGGUCCUCGUCUGGGCCGUUAGCUGCUUUUGCUUCGGUGUCGCCCAAAGCUCCGUCAGCAAUUUCCUCCCGCAAAUGGUGGCUCUCCAAGGGUACUCCGCAGUGAAAACCAAUCUAUACACGGUGGCUCCCUACUGCGUCGGGACCGUUGUUCUGUGGAUCAUUGCGAAGUCCUCGGAUCAUUUUCGAGAACGCUCGUUCCACCUGGCGGCCGCGCUGAUCAUCACGUUUGUUGGAUACAUAAUUCUCGUCACUGUCGAUGCAGACACUAACAAAGGGGUGGCCUAUUUCGCGUGCUUCCUCCUUGCGGCCGGUGCUUUCGUACCAAGCAGUAUCUUCCAUAGCUGGCAUACCAACAACGUCACAGACGAGAGCCAGCGAGCAGCGACGGUAGGGUUCUUGGUCGGGGCGGCGAAUUGUGCGGGCAUUCCAUCAAGCCUGUCAUUUAAAGCGGAUACUGCACCGAGGUAUAUGCCCGCGUAA